GCGCCUCGGCGGCCAAGCCCCCCACCGGGAGGAAGAUGAAGGCUCGUGCCCCCCCUCCUCCUGGAAAACCGACCACGCCCAAUGUGCACAGCAGACAGAAGCUUCCCCGGGAUGUGUCCCCUGGCCCUCCACAGAACCUGCUGCACAUGAAGGAGAACUUGAGGAACAGCAUGGUGGCGGUCACCGUGGUUCUGCCCAGUGGGCUGGAGAAGAAGAGCGUGGUCAAUGGAAGCCAUGCAAUGAUGGACCUACUGGUUGAACUUUGUCUUCAGAACCACCUAAAUCCAUCCCACCAUGCCCUCGAGAUCCGGUCUUCGGAAACCCAGCAGCCUUUGAGUUUUAAGCCAAAUACUUUAGUUGGGACCCUGAAUGUGCACACUGUAUUUCUCAAAGAGAAAGUUCCCGAAGAGAAGGUGAAGCCUGCCCCACCCAAGGCACCUGAGAAAUCUGUGCGCUUGGUAGUGAAUUACCUGCGAACCCAAAAGGCCAUUGUGCGUGUGAGCCCCGAGGUGCCGCUCCAGAACAUUCUCCCAGUCAUCUGUGCAAAGUGUGAAGUCAGCCCGGAGCACGUGGUGCUCCUCAGGGACAACAUUGCCGGGGAGGAGGUGGAACUUUCCAAGUCCCUCAACGAGCUGGGGAUAAAGGAGCUCUACGCGUGGGACAACAAACGAGAAACCUUUAGAAAAUCAUCGCUUGCCAAUGAUGAGACAGAUAAAGAGAAGAAAAAAUUUCUGGGAUUUUUCAAAGUUAAUAAAAGAAGCAGUAGUAAGGCCGAGCAGAUUGGGCGGUCCGGGUUGGACAGCGAUGAGGACACCUCAAAGUCUGCUUUGGAAAAGGGCUCGAAUGGCUGCCUGACAACGCCCAACUCCCCAUCUGUGAAUUCCCGUUCCAUUACGUUGGGUCCAUCCCUCUCACUCAGCAACAUCUCAGGGGUGUCUGUGAAGUCGGACCUGAAGAAGCGGCGGGCACCCCCUCCUCCGACCCUGCCAGGCACGGGGCCACCAGUGCAGGACAAGGCCUCGGAAAAGGUAUCUCUGGGGUCCCAGAUUGACCUGCAGAAAAAGAAGAGGCGAGCGCCAGCCCCCCCGACGCCACAGCCCCCGACGCCAAGCCCCCUGGUGCCCCCUCGCACGCAGGACAGGGAGGAGAACAGGAAGAGCACCACGGUGAGCCUGCCCCUGGGCCCCAGCAGUCCCUGCGGCACGGACAAGGUCCCGCCGGUGCCGUGUGAGGCCGAGGAGACCGUGUCUGUCAGCAGCUGUUUCGCAUCAGAAGACACAACUGAAGACUCUGGAGUGGUGAGCUCCCCCUCAGACAUCAUCUCCCUGGAUUCCCAACACGACAGCAUGAAAUCCAAAGAUAAGUGGGCCACAGACCAGGAAGACGGCAGUGACCAGGACCUGGCUGGAACCCCAGAACUGGGUCCCCACAAGAGCCCCACCUGGGAGAGGAACGGCUCUGGGAACUGGCAUCCAAGACCUGAAGCCGCUAUAACCUCCAGUGGUGAUGAAGACCUGUUUCUCACUGGGCAGUUCCAGAAAACCCUUGAGGAACUGGAUGAGGAGCUGGAAGAACUGGAAGAGAGCCCUGAAGCCUGCAGCAGCCUGCCAACCGGCUCUGUGAAUGGCGUGUCCCCUCACUGCACGCCAGGAGCCACCAUCCCCGAGUGUGAUGAGGACACAAUCCCAGUCACCUUCAUCGGGGAGGUUUCAGAUGACCCUGUGGAUUCGGGGUUGUCUUCCAAUCGAAACAACAAUGCUGGUCUAGGGGGCAUCAUGGGCAGGGAAGCCCCCCCAACGCCACGUCAGGAGGAGAACAGCCAGCAGCGUGGAAGGAGGGCAGAAGUGCCCAGCGCACCCGCUCCUCCCCACGACAUCGGGGAAGAACGCAAACCCGCCUCGUCCAACCCCUGUGAGGCUGUGAAUCUGAAUAAGAUGGAGCCCAAGGUGACUUCGGCAGCGUUUCCCCCGCACGGCCCAGAUGCAGAGCUGAGUGGCGAGGAGCCUGCCUCCGCUCUCGGUGGGAAGACGCAGGCCAGCAAGACGGCGAGGUCACAGCCAGUGAGGGACAAGGAAGGUGAGGGUAUGAAUAGUGGCUCAGCACCACCAUCCUGGUAUCAACGGGGCCAAAGCCCAGGGGGAAGUUAUGGACUUAAAUAUGGCCUCACGACGUAUAAAAUUGUCCCUCCGAAGUCAGAGAUGAGGUGUUACGACAGAGGAGUGUCGCUCUCAACAGGUGCCAUUAAGAUUGAUGAGCUAGGGAAUCUGGUGAGUCCCCACGCCGACAGGGGCAAGACCAUAGCCCUGUCGCCGUCCGCCCUCGACUUGGAAACCCAGCCCAUUGGAAAAGUCAAAGAAUUCUGGAGGUCCAACUCCCUAGAGAAACACUUUGGCCAGCCCACAGAGGGCUUCACCAAGAGGACCCCCACUCCCGCCACACCAGGGAAGCCACAGUCUCAAGAAAACAGACUCCGAGCAGAGCCCACCUUCCCAGACCCCAAAGUGACGUCACCCCCACAGCAGUCUGCCCGCCAAGAAGGGGGGGAACAUCUGGAGGAGGGCAAAAGCCGGCCACCCAUGGCUGCCCCUUGUCACAUCAAAGUGCCAGCAGGGAACGCCACGGAAGUCCCAUUUCUCAAGCCUCAGAGAAGAACGUCCAGUCAGUACGUGGCCUCUGCCAUUGCCAAGCGGAUAGGGCCCCAGAAAGCCCACACCGGCCUGGUGAGGAAGCACGGCCAUGCCGAGGAGACCCGGGAAGGCGGAGCGCCAGAGCUGGCUGGACAGCCUCCCGCUAGGACAGACGGCACAGCCCCCAGCCCGUACUCAGACACACGCUCCCGUACCUAUGGGGGAGCCUCGGCGGUGGGAGCCCAGCCCAGAGCGCAGGUCAGCAGCCCUCCUGGAAAGCUGUCUGCUCCAGACUGUCCUGCUGGCGUCCACAGAAGUCCCUAUGUCCCGCCCGUCACAGCUUCCCAGAGGGAUCACGUUUCUGUGACGCAGAGCUGGAGCCUCAGUGGAAGGCAAAGCACCAGCAACCCCAGGACCAGCUCAGCAUCUGCCCCCACAUGCACGCUGGAUGGUACAAACCCCCCGCCUGCCCACUCAGGAGACGAUCAGACUCCUGGCAGGACCCUGGUGGACGGCUCCAGGUGGGGCCCCAUCCACGCCAAGCCUCCUCAGUCUCCGAGAGGGUCCGGCACGAAUAACCAUGCCAGACAGGAGCCCCUACAACAGGAGGAAAAGCCCAGUUUGUCGUGUGCAGAGGUACACGAGACCGACGGUACGCCGUCCCCCAGCAUCUUUGGGCCAAAGAAGAAAUUCCGACCCGUGGUCCAGAGGCCCGCACCAAAAGACACGUCGCUGCACAGUGCUCUCAUGGAAGCCAUCCACUCGGCGGGAGGGAAGGACGGGCUUCGCAAGAUUGCAGCAGACACCUCCGAGGGAGGGCCCGGGAAGCCGUCCUACACGGAGACCGCGGGCGAGCGCUCCGCACUGCUGUCCGCCAUCCGAGGGCACAGCGGUGCCUGCAGCCUGCGGAAGGUGUCAUCCUUCGCCUCUGAGGAGCUGCGGAGCUUCCGCGAUGCCGAGCAGUCAUCAGAGCCGCCAGGACUCCGUGACCUUGGCCUUCAGCCCCUGCCCGCCCCACCCCCACCGCCUCCGGCCACCCAGGCUCCCUCCACAUCCAGGACGGCGGCCAGGUCCAGCUCAGGCAACCCCGCCCAAGCCAGGCAGGCCCUGAUGGACGCCAUCCGUUCCGGCACGGGGGCCGCGAGAUUGAGAAAGGUGCCCUUGCUCGUGUAAAUCAUUGAGAAGAUCAGAUUGUGGCAGAAACCCACCUGUGAGCCAACCACAGUCACCACUGGAGGACGCCGCGUGGCAGGGGGCAUCGGGAUUUGGUGCACUUUCUUGUCUAUAGGCCAAACUCACACAAUUGAUUUUCAGUCCUGCAAAAUGUUUCCAAGGGAGGGCGAGAUGCUGCUCAGCCGUGCAGCUUGUUGUGUGCCAAGGAAACAUGUUUGCCCCUGAAUAUUUAAAGUUGCCAAUAAACUAUUCUUGUUGGCAGGUUAAUGGGGAUAUGAAUGCUGGAGUCCAACACUACACUGAAUUAUGGUGACCUUAGACUGAUUCUGGACCUUUGAGAUUUUACCACAUAGAGAUGGUUAAGACCAUUUAGCUGUUCGAAAUCUUUUGAAUUCUAAGGAAAUACGUAUAAACCAAUUGAAACAAUCUGAAUGUAAUACACUCUGUGAUGUUUUGGUAAUAAGAAAGGAGCAGAAGAUGACUGUUGCAUAAUGAAACCAUUGGAUUUUUAUCCUACAAAAAUGUGGGGUUACAACCUCACAGAGGGUCACAGACCAUGAUCUGACCAACUAAACUUUUAGAAAAUCAACGGUUAUCACCCACAAUAUGAUCACACCUGAUGUCUGGACAGGCGUUUCUGAUUCUCCGAGGGUGACAGUGACAGAGAUCAUAAAGUCAUUGGUGUGGACGGUCAGUGCCCCACUUUGCAGGCAUCCCCAGUGGGCUGGGAAGUAGAAUGAGCCCUUCCCGCUCCGUCCCGGGAGGGCUGUGUAUGGAGCCCGGUGACUGCCCUGAGAACCUUCCGAAAUCCUGCACGGGGCCAAGAGCAGGGACACUGGAUGGAUGUCUUGUGUGUCGCCAUGAUCAGAUCAAAACUGUGCUGGUAUUUCAUGGUUUGGGUUCAGUCUGGGCGUUUUUACCCUAUGGAUCAGUGGCACCCCUGUAUCAUAUGGAAGGCUUUUCUUAGCACCUGGUAUUCUGCCACUGGUAUUUAUAAUGUUUAGACACAGUGCUAGUUUUUCACUUCUCUCUGUAAAGCCUUUUGUUACAUUGAAAAGAGAUCUUUAAGAGAUGAAUAGAAAUCAAGAGGAGUUCAUGAAAUAAAAUCUCUAUCUUAAUGGAACAACUAAUAUAGUGAGAUCAUUUUAACAUUUCACAUCUGUUUCAGAUCGAGGCGUCACAUAGAAUGGAAACUUUACUCUGCAUUGUCUGAUGCUAGAUGUUCACCUUCCCAGAGUGGCAAGAGCAUCAGCCUAUCUCUCUUAAACCACAUGUCUCUAUGUGUCUUUUAGUGCCACAAAUAAAAGAAAAUGAAACUGUA